GCGCUGCACGCCGGGGGCGGGGCGGUGGCCGGGGCACGCAGGCGCACACCGUCUGUCCGCAGCAUGGCGGAUGCCGCGCCGCUGCCUAGUAAGAGGAAGCGUGAGCUGGUUGCGGAGGCCGCCCCGGAGGCCCCAUGCAGAGAGGAAACAGGAGCUGGCGUUGGGAACGGUAGCGCUGUCACUGCCCGCCUACCGUUCUCCGGCUUUAGAGUGCAAAAAGUGCUGAGGGAGUCUGCGCGGGACAAAAUCAUUUUCCUACACGGGAAGGUGAAUGAGUCUUCAGGGGAUGAGGAUGGAGAGGAUGCAAUUGUCAUCCUGGAGAAGACACCAUUUCAGGUGGAACAGGUGGCCCAGCUCCUGACAGGCAGCCCUGAGCUCCAUUUGCAGUUCUCCAAUGAUAUCUACAGCACCUAUCACCUGUUCCCUCCAAGACAACUGAGUGAUAUAAAGACGACCGUGGUUUUCCCGGCCACAGAGAAACACCUGCAGAAGUACUUGCGCCAGGACCUCCGCCUGGUCCGAGAGACAGGAGAGGACUACAAGAACGUCACCCUACCCCACCUGGAGUCCCAGAGCCUCAGCAUUCAGUGGGUGUAUAACAUUCUCGAGAAGAAGGCUGAAGCAGACCGGAUUGUUUUUGAGAACCCGGAUCCCUCUGACGGCUUUGUCCUCAUCCCCGACCUCAAGUGGAACCAACAGCAGCUUGACGACCUGUAUUUAAUCGCCAUCUGCCAUCGCCGGGGCAUCAGAUCGCUGCGGGACCUCACCCCAGAGCACCUACCGCUGCUCAGAAACAUCCUCCGUCAGGGGCAGGAAGCCAUCCUGCAGCGCUACCAGGUGCGGGGAGACCACCUGCGAGUGUACCUGCACUACCUGCCCUCCUACUACCACCUGCAUGUGCACUUCACAGCCCUGGGCUUCGAGGCCCCCGGCUCGGGCGUGGAGCGGGCUCACCUGCUGGCCGAGGUGAUCGAGAACCUGGAGUGUGACCCCACGCACUACCAGCAGCGCACACUCACCUUUGCCCUCAGGGCUGACAACCCCUUGCUCAAGCUUUUACAGGAGGCCCAGCAAAGCUGAGUGGGCUGGGGGAUAAGAGCACAGAUGGGUGGCACCUGGGGAGGGCAAGGCUGGGAUUUUUAUCUCCACGUGAAUUUUCUAAAAAUGUCUUUUGUACUUAUUCCUGGUAUGUGAAUAAAGUAUCAGGCUCACU